AAGGCGUUUGUUGACAGUGGAGCACAAUCUACAAUAGUAUCGAAAAACUGUGCCGAACGCUGUGGAUACAAGGGAGUUGCGGUCGGAGUUGGCCAGUCAGAGAUACCGGGUAGGAUACAUGUUGCCCCAAUCAAGAUUGGCCAUCUAUUUUACCAUUACUUUUUCACUGUUAUGGACACCCCAAAUAUGGAUCUUCUGUUUGGACUGGUGUAUUAUUGAUUUGAAGGAGUGUUUAAAGAGUGGGUGGUGGAGAGGUUUCAAUGCCAUUUUUGCAAGGAAGCUCAUUGAAGGGCAUUGGAACAUGAGAAUGAUGGUUGGAGUGCCGGUGUUUCUCUCUUGUGUUUUGCUGCUGUUACUUGCCCUUCUUCCCUUGGUUGUGCUCUUCUUUCACUUCCUCCCUUUGUUCUUGAACUUUAGAGCUAGUAUUCCAAGUGGGAUUUUUGGCUGGCCUUUAGUUGGUGAAACCUUGAGCUUUUUAACUCCCCAUGCUUCUAAUUCUCUUGGUGCUUUCUUAGAACACCAUGUCUCAAGAUAUGGGAAGGUGUUCAAGGCUCAUCUGUUUUGCACUCCAACAGUGGUGUCUUGUGACCAAGAGCUGAACCAGUUCAUACUUCAGAAUGAAGAGAAGUUAUUCCAGUGUAGCUAUCCUAAACCCAUCCAUGGAAUUCUAGGCAAGUCCUCCAUGAUAGUUGUUGUAGGAGACACUCACAAGAGGCUAAGGAACUUGGCCUUAACUCUAGUCACCACAACAAAAUCCAAACCUUCUUAUCUCUACGACAUGGAGAGCAUAGCCAUUCAUGUCUUGAACUCUUGGAAGGAUAAAUCCAUUGUUUUCUUCUGUGAAGAAGCUAAAAAGUUCACUUUCAGUGUAAUUGUGAAACAAGUGCUUGGUUUGUCACCAGAUGAGCCACAAACUAGUAAAAUACUUGAAGAUUUCCUUACUUUUAUGAAAGGCUUCAUCUCUUUUCCUUUCUACAUCCCUGGCACUUCUUAUGCAAAGGCUGUUAAGGCUAGAGCAAAAAUAUCUUUCACAGUGAAAAGCAUAAUGGAGGCAAGAAGAAGAAAGCAUGGAGAGGAUUCAGCAAAGCAACAGCAAAAGGGUGAUCAUUUCCUUGAUGUGCUUCUCUCUCUCACUAACUUAUCUGAAGAUGAGAAAGUUAGCUUUGUGCUUGAUUCCUUAUUUGGUGGCUAUGAAACCACUUCAGUUUUGAUGUCCAUGGCUGUCUUUUUCCUUGGCCAAUCUCCAUUAGCUUUACAACAACUCAAGCAAGAACAUGAAGAAAUAAAGGCCAAGAGAAACAAGGAUGAAUAUUACUUGUCUUUAGAGGACUAUAAGCAAAUGGAGUUCACUCAAAAUGUGAUUAAUGAGGCCUUGAGAUGUGGAAACAUUGUCAAGUUUGUUCAUAGAAAGGCUCUCAAAGAUGUCACCUUCCAAGGACAUUUGAUUCCAGCUGGUUGGAAGGUCCUCCCUGUAUUCAGUGCAGUGCACUUGGACUCAUCACUUCAUGACAAUGCACUAGAGUUUCAUCCAUGGAGAUGGGAGAAGCAAGGUCAAAUGACAUGCAAGAAGUUUACUCCUUUUGGUGGUGGGCCAAGAAUAUGCCCAGGCUUUGAACUUGCCAAAGUAGAGACUGCCGUUUUUCUCCAUCACCUUGUUCUCAAUUUCAGAUGGAAACAAGAAGGUGAAGAUUGUCCCAUUGCUCAUCCUUAUGUGGAGUUCCCUAGAGCACUUCCAUUAGAGAUUGAACCAAUUCCAAUGGAAUCAUCAUUUUGAUGAGAUCUUAUUCUUUUUGCAGUGUGAGAGCCAAGAUGAUGUAUUAAGUUCAUUAAUAUAUAUAUAAAUAUAUAUUAGCUUU